GAACCCCAUAUCAGAUGCCGUUUGUCGGGUUGUAACAGUUUAAUGUACUAUCAUGUCACAAGUUGUUGAUUAGCGUGUUUUAGAACUUUUUUUUAAUUCAACAUGAAUUGUAAUAUGUAAUGUUGUAAGCAAAAAGACAAUUCUUCAAGUUGACAUAAAUCGAGGAGGGCCAAAAACCCAUUGAACCGAAUUUUGAAGGAACCUACACGUGUAUCUUGUAAACAGUGAUGGUCAGUGACAUGUAUUCAACUUGCUGGGAUGUAGAACAACAAACCUUCAGUAGCUGACUGGAACCCACUUGACAGUGGUACCAUGGCGGUUAAUGUGUUGGGUCUGGUGGUGCUGCUCCUCUUUUACCUGGUCAUUAUCGUGGUCGGCAUUCUGGCGGCCAGGCUCAAGAGGAAGAGGAAUGGGAGCUCUAGGAUGGAGGAGGCCAUCGUGGCUGGGAGGGAUAUCAAUGUGGUUGUAGGGAUCUUCACCAUGACAGCUACAACUGUUGGGGGAGGAUACAUCAAUGGAACAGCCGAGUCCAUUGCAUCUAGUGGCAUGGUGUGGACUUUAGCUCCAUUUGGUAUUUUCAUUGGAUUGAUCCUAGGUGGUGUUAUAUUUGCUCGUCCAAUGAGAGACCGUCAGUACCUGACCAUGUUGGAUCCCAUCCAGGAGAAGUCUGGAGCUCUAGUGGUGGUUCUGGUCUACUUUGCUACAUUGUGUGGGGAUGUGUUCUGGACGGCCUCCAUCUUGGUAGCUCUCGGGACCAGCCUUAGUGUUAUUGUGAACAUCCCCCUGAGUAUAGCCAUUGUCAGCUCCUCAGCAGCUACCAUCUUUUACACCAUGUUUGGUCAAAUGAUCUCUGUCGCUUACACAGACAUUGUUCAGCUCAUCUUCAUCAUCUUUGGUUUGGGUUUGACACUGCCUUUCAUUCUGACCAAUCAAAAUGUUGGCAGUGUAGCGGCAUCAUCAGAAGUAUGGAUUGGACAAUUUGACCCAAGCAUCACCAGUCCUUGGAUUGACCUAUUCAUUGCUAUGAUUUUUGGAACCAUUCCCUGGCAGGCCUAUUUCCAGAGAGUGCUCUCUGUCAGAAGUGGUAGACAGGCCCAGCUGUUGUCAGUGGUGGGGGCGUUCAGUGCUGUGAUCCUGGCCAUUCCCUCAGUGGUUAUUGGGGCGGUGGCAGUGAGUGCCAAUUGGAGCAACACUACACUUGGUGCCUCCCCUAUGGCAUUGAAUCAAUCAAGCAUGACUCUGCCCUAUGUUCUACAUGAAUUCACACCUAACUGGGUUGCUAUUUUAGGUCUUGGUGCAAUCUCAGCAGCUGUGAUGUCCUCAAUGGAUAGUUCAAUACUUGGCUCAAGUUCUAUGUUUACCAAUAACAUCUAUAAAAAGAUCAUUAGAAAAAAGGCCCAGGACACAGAAACCCUGUGGGUACAGACUGUCUCUAUAUUCUGUGUUGGUACACUGGCUACCCUGGUCUCUCUCUUUGUACCCAUAGUGUAUGGACUAUUUGUCUUAGCAGCUGACAUUGUCUUUGUGAUUGUUCUACCACAACUGUUUUGUGCUGUUUUCUUCAAGAAGACCAACGUUUACGGAGCUAUCCCAGGAUUCCUGGUUGGAACUCUUCUUCGGAUUGGUGCAGGGGAAGUCCUGCUGGACUGGCAGCCAUUUAUCGAGUAUCCAAUGUACAGCAAGGAUAAUGGACAGCAGUUCCCCUUCCGGAGUUUCGCCAUGGCCAUCUCACUCAUUACCAUAGUGACCCUGUCAUUGACUGCUGAUUUAGUCAGACAGUACUUGUGUAGGAAAACACAAAAUAACAAAUACCAUGUCAGUGAGGUGGGAACCAGGGAAGACCCUAACAUAACAAGUGGCUACUCCUCCAGUCACCCUCUUAUGUCUUUCUCUAGAAGCUGAGUUGUAUUGAAUGAUAGCAUUUAAAAAAAUACACCGGGGACAAUUUUACACAAAUUCAAGUUUUGAAAAUAUAUAGUGUACAUGUAGUCUGUGCUGGAAAUCAGAGUGAAUGAUUGUAACGUUAUUUCAAGUACUAGCACUAAAAAAAUUAUGACAUGAGGUCACCAUAUUAUUCAUCAAAGGUUUAUACAGUUUUACACAUGAGGUAACCUAAUUUUUCAUCAAAAGUUACACAUAUAAGUGUUCAUGAUUUUUUUUUUAUUACAUAUCAAGUAAUCAUGAAAUCUUUUUGAUGAUAUGGCAUUAAACUCAGAUUUAUAUACAUCUACCAGGUAUGGUUUUUGGAGGUUUUACAAAAAGUACUGCCACUAAUAUUUACAUUUUGUGGAAUAGGUGUAUCAUAGAUAUACACUGAAAUGUUUAAUGUUUGUCAUGGUUUACAACCAUCACUGUCCAUAUUUUUAUGUGCACAAGGAUUGUAGAAAUACUAGUAACUAUAUUUUGAUUAUACUUUGUAUUCCUUUUCAUGCAAUUUGAUGUAAGUUAUUUAAAAUUAUAUUUAUACAUACAAUUAGCAGGUCAGAUUAAAACUAACUCCUUAUCCCUUACAUGUAUUCUUUGUGCAACUGAUGCGAUAAUGUUCAUAUAUUAAAUUUGUAUGUCUUACAGUCACUGCCAAUCUGAAUGUAAACACCUCUCUCUCUCUCUCUCUCUCUCUCUCUCUCUCUCUCUCUCUCUCCAUAUUCACUUCAAAAUAAUUCAAUCAAUUGUCCUUAAGUUGUAAAAUUCAUUGAAAUACAAAAGUUUGUUCAUCUAUACAAACAUGUAGUAUUUAAUAGUUUAUGAGGCUUUGAAUUUUAGUCGGAUUUCCUACUUUUUAUUUGUUGUAUCGUGUAUUCAUUUUAUUGAACCUUUAUUUUGAAACUAUGAUAAUAGUUAUGCUUAUAUAUAUAUAUUUGCUAUGUUUAAUUGGGUCAUAGAAAACUAUUUUAUUUUUAGAGCACUUUAGUCUAAUUACUAUUAUACAUUGUAGUUAUUUUAUCCAUUUCUCCCAUCUUUUAUGGAUAAAGUGUAAUGUUGUAUUUAAAUGCCUUUGAAGAGUUGCUAGAGAAAAUUUGAAGGCAAAGCAAUGUAAUUUAACUGUCUUAAAUUAUUUGAUUUUUAGCUCACCUGAGCUGAAAGCUCAAGUGAGCUUUUCUGAUCAUUUUUUGUCUGGCGUUCAUCCGUCUGUCUGUCCAUCUGUCUUGUAAUAUUUAGUAGGUUAGUUUAUUAAUAGAAUAUUCUGGACUAUUCUGUGAACUUUUUACAUUUUUUACUUCUUUUCCAGAACCACUGGGCUGAUUUCAACCAAACUUGGCACAAAGCAUACUUUGGUAAAGGAGAUUCAAGUUUGUUAAAAUGAAGGGCAACACCCUCAUUUUAAGGGAGAUAAUUAAGAAAUAUUAAAAAUUUGUUGGUUUCUUCUUCUUCUUCUUCUUCUUCUCCAAAACAAAUUGGCCAGAAAAGCUGUAUUUUGUGUGGAAGCAUACUCAAGUAGUGAAAAUUCAAGUUUAUUCAAAUCAUGAUCCCCGGGGAUAGGAUGGGGCCAAAAUCAGGGGUCGAAUUUUACAUAGGAAUAUAUCGAGAAAAGUCCUUAAAAAUCAAUCAGCCAGAAAAGCUGUAACUUGUGUAGAAGCUUCCUCAGGUAGAGAUGAUUCAAGUUUGUUCAAAACAUGAUCCCCAGGGGUAUGAUGGGACCACAGUUGGGGGUCAAAUUUUUGCGUAGCUAGGAUUAUUUUGAAAAAAAAUCUUUAAAAAUCUUCUUCUCAAAAGUUAAUUGGCCAGAAAAGCUGUAACUUGUGUGGAAGCAUCCUCAGGUAGAGUUGAUUCAAAUUCUAUAAAAUUAUGAUCCUGGGGGUGAGGUGGGUGCCACAACUGGUGGUCGAAUUUUUACAUAGGUAUGUAUAGGGAAAUAUCUUUUCAAAAUUCAAUCCGCCAAAAAAGCUUCAACUUGUUAGAAGUAUCCUCAGGUAUUGUAGAUUCAAGUUUCUUCAAAUGAUGAUCCCCGGGGGUAUGGUGGGGCCACAUUUAGGGGUCAAAUUUUUACAUAGGAAUAUAUAUAUAUAUAUAUAGCAAAAAUGUUUUAAAAUCUCUCUUCUCAAAAUUCAACUGGCCAAAAAACCUGAAACUUGUAUGGUAGAAUUCUCAAGUAGUGUGGAUUCAAGUUUGUUCAUACCAUGAACCCAGGGGGUAGAUUGAGGCCACGGUGGGGGGUCGAAUGCAUAGGAAUAUAUCCAGAAAAAUCUUCUCAAAAAUCAUUUGGCCAGAAAAGCUGUAACUUGUGUGGAAGCACCCUCAGGUAGUGUAGAUUUUAGUUUUUUUCAAAUCUUGAUCCCCGGGAGUAUGGUGGGGCAACAAUUGGGGGUAGAAUUUUACAUACAUUGUAGGAAUGUGUAGAGAAAUAUCUUCUCCAAAAUCAAUUGGCCAGAAAAGUUGUGACUUGAUUAGAAGCAUCAUCAGGUAGUGUAGUGUAAUAUACCGGUAUAUAUAGAAAAAAAUCUUUAAAAUCAAAUGAAAAAUGAAGAGACUAUAAUGGAGGGGGGGGGGGGGGGUCAAAUUUUUGCAUAGGAAAUAAAUUUGAUUAUUCUCAAAAAUAUAAUAUAAUAUUGAUAAUAUGCAAGCAUAUUGACAUUUGUUGAUUCUCAUUUGUUUAGACUGUGGCCCUGAAUAACUCUUGGGCCGCACAAGGGGUUCAAAGUUUGAUGUAGGUUUAUAUUUAUAUGAACAGUUGUUUAAGAUCUUUUUUAGAAUGGAAAUGUUCAAUAUGUGAUGUAAACUAUGAAAUAUUUUAGAUACAAAAAGGGCUCAACAUAAGAACAUCUGUAGAAAAUUUUGAAUUUUUUUUAAUACCUUAUCUUUUUACUUAUUCAUUGUCCCGAUAUUUUGGAUAUUAUUUCAUAAAGCUGAUUUUAUGUCUGUUUUUGCUCAGGUGAGCGAUGUGGCCCAUUGGCCUUUUGUUUUUUCAACAAAUAGGAAUAAAAAAAAAUAUUAAAAGGUUUUUUCCCAGUACGUGAAAAGUGUGCAAAUUGCCGUAGGGAGGAUUCGAGGGAGAAUUACAUGUAUGUCUGCCAGAAGGAGGGGGUUGGGGUGGACCGUUGGAUAAAUGUGUUUGACGGGGUGAGGGUCCGAGGCCUGUUUUUGACUUUGUUUGGUUAUUCUAUUAUAAGUCCAGUGGCUAAGUUCUGUAAGUCUGAACACAAUAAAUGGUAAACUAAUACAUGCCUUUUGUGGCUGUGUUGAAUUACUAUAUAAUUUAUCACUAGUAUUUUUAAAACAUGCCAAAGAUAAGGUUCUAUCUUAUUUUGAAUUAUACAAUGUACUGCGAAGAACAAAAUAUUUUUGUGUAUAACAUUGUAUCUUGCCGCAGAAUAGGGAUCCUAGAACCCUAAUGUGGAGAAUUCAUCCAAAACGAUGUGGUUUGUAAUGUUUUUACGUGAUGGCCUCCUAUACCAUUAAGAUAAACGAACCUUCUCCAUCGUGAACUCCGUAAUUAGAAAGGUUAUCCCGUUCACAAUAUUAUCUCGUAAGUUUUUUCUUUGAAAUUUAUAAGAGCAAAUGACUCUGGAAAAUUAAUAGAAGGAUGACCUUGCAGAUACUUUGUUUUCAUUUUAUCAUUUACUUCUCAUUUUAUUCAAUGAAACAAAUAUAUACAAAAAAGCAUUUGACUUUGGCUAGAAACCGAAUGAAUGUAAACCGUUUUUUCUUAUGGCCAGUUUAUAUUAAUGUUCGUAGUAAAAUUAGAUGAAUUAAAUUGGUUGAUUAAUGACAUUGAACAUGCAAACCGAUAUGUAAUUUAAGUUGUGUCAUUAUGUCAUUAACAAUAAAUCUAAUAGCUCUUGG